AGCUCCGUUGUCCUUGACCCACGUGACAGCCCUGGGGCAAACAAGCUGGUCAGCUGACUCGCCCCGACUGCGCCGUCAUCCCUGCUAUAAGCGCGCAACCUUAGGCGCUCGACUCGGACACGGCCGCCGCCACCAUGCAGUCCCCGGUCCUCUUGCUGCUCGCUCUCGGCCUGUUGGCCGGGUCCUCCACCGCGCUCAUCAGAAUUCCCCUGCACAAGUUCAAGUCCAUUCGCCGCACCAUGACGGAAGUAGGAGGCUCCGUGGAAGACCUGAUUGCCCAUGGUCCCUUAACUAAGUACUCACCACAGUUGUCCACCAAGACCACGGGGCCAGUUCCCGAGACCCUGAAAAACUACAUGGAUGCUCAGUACUACGGGGAGAUCGGCAUUGGAACCCCGCCACAGUGCUUCACAGUUGUCUUCGACACUGGCUCCUCCAACCUGUGGGUCCCCUCUUCCAGGUGCAAUAUGCUCGACAUAGCCUGCUGGUUCCACCACAAGUACCACAGUGACAAGUCCAGCACCUAUGUGAAGAAUGGCUCGUCCUUUGACAUCCAUUAUGGCUCGGGUAGCCUUUCUGGGUACCUGAGCCAGGACACUGUCUCGGUACCCUGUCAAUCAGCUGAGUCUAACCCCAGAAACCUCAGAGUGGAGAAGCAGACCUUUGGGGAGGCCACCAAGCAACCAGGCAUCACCUUCAUUGCAGCCAAAUUUGAUGGCAUCCUGGGCAUGGCUUACCCCCGCAUCUCAGUCAACAAUGUGCUGCCGGUCUUUGACAACCUGAUGAGUCAGAAGCUGGUGGACAAGAAUGUCUUCUCCUUCUACUUGAACAGGGACCCGAGUGCGCAGCCUGGCGGGGAGCUUAUGCUGGGUGGCAUUGACAGCAAGUACUACAAGGGCUCCUUCACCUACCUCAACGUCACCCGCAAGGCCUACUGGCAGGUCCACAUGGACCAGUUGGAGGUGGGCAGCGGGCUGAACUUGUGCAAGGGGGGCUGUGAGGCCAUCGUGGACACUGGCACCUCCCUCCUGGUGGGCCCCGUGGACGAAGUGAAGGAGCUGCAGAAGGCCAUCGGGGCCAUACCGCUGAUCCAGGGCGAGUAUAUGGUCCCCUGUGAGAAGGUGUCCAGCCUGCCCUCAGUCACCCUGAAGCUUGGAGGCAGCGCCUACCCCCUGAGCCCAGAGGACUACGUUCUGAAGGUGUCGCAAGCCGGGAGGACUAUAUGCCUGAGCGGCUUCAUGGGCAUGGACAUCCCACCGCCCACCGGGCCUCUCUGGAUCCUGGGUGAUGUCUUUAUUGGCCGCUACUACACCGUCUUCGACCGAGACAACAACAGGGUGGGCUUCGCCCAGGCCGCCAAGCUCUAGCUUACUUCUGUCCAGCGGCGGAGAAAUAGCCCACAGUCCAGUAGGAGGCUGCCCACCCCCAGCCCUCCAGCCCCUGCCCCACUCACACACACUUACACACUUGCCAUGUGACUCUGGAGGCCCUGGGCUCCUCACUGUUCUGUGGUUUUCCCUCUUGGACUCAAAUACUGCCGGUCUGUUUGAGGAUGGUGGAGACUGGUCCAGUGCAUAAAUCUGUGUCAUUCACUUGGAAGACCAAGCAUGGGCUUGGUGGCUGCCCAGUUUGUGCAUCCCAGGAGCCCCUGCCCUGCAACAGACUAUCUUCCUCUGGAAACUGGGCCACCCGAGGUCCUUCCGCCCAGCCUGGGCCACACCAGGCUCUGCCACUUACACCCAUCCUCACGCCCCAGCCACUGCAGAGGCCUGAAGGGUCAGAAGGAGCAUGUGGACUAAGGCCGGCCGAAGGGGCUGGAGGGUCAUCCUGGGGUGUGAUCUGCCUGCAGUGGGGCAGUACAGACCUUCCCCUGUGGCUGACCUCUGCUGCCCUCCCCCCGGGGACUGAGAACCACAGUGAUAUGAAAAUACAGUUGUUUGAGCCUCUG